AUGCCAGCCCCCAAAGUGAUAACCCCUGCGCUGGUGGACAAAGAGCUGGCGCGACUUACAGCCACGUCGCUGUCUCCAGAGAUUGAGAGUACGCCACUCCCCGCCGGAUUCCACCAGCCAAAGUUCACUUUGUACGACGGCAAGACGAAUACAUACAUGCUUGUGAGCCAUUACCGGCAAUGGAUCAAUGAGCAUAUUCGUGUGGAGGAUGAUGCCGCCUCCGCGACCGAGAAGGCUAAUCCGGUCGCGGCGGACAGAAGGGUUGCGGGGAAAGUUCACUUGGUUGGGCAGGAGGAUAACCGCCCAAACAACCGGUCGAAAGACCAGCGCCAUGGUUCAAACAGUGAUGACAGAAACAAGGGCCGCCGAAACGACCGGGCAGACCCUCCCCGUGAUGCAGCGGAGGAUGCCAAAAGAAAAUUGAAGGCGCGGACUGGGAUCACCACGGUAUUUAAAAUCCCCAUCUACCGCAUUUUGAGCGAGAUUCGAGAGGACUGCUUGCCGCUCAAACAACACUUAGAGGAGUUGGUGGCGGCGGGGCAUCUUGACCAAUGCAUAGAUGGGGGCAUCAAGGCCACGCCAGCGGACCAAGCCGAGCCAAAUGACCUGGCUGCCCUAGAAGUGCCCCCGCAAGGUGUAAUCAACAUCAUCCACGGUAUCAUUGAACCGGCCAGGGUUUGCGAGCUGAGAGGGAUGAUCAAGAAGGCCGAGCACAUGAGGGAAGUGCUCUCUGUUCAGCCCGCUGUGAAGAAGGGAAUGACCGAAGAAAGGGACAUCCUUUCAUUCUCAACCAAGGACUUGGAAAGAGUUCAGAUGCUGCACAAUGAUGCUUUAGUAGUCACUCUUCGUGUCAAAGACUUUGACAUCAAGAGAAUCUUGAUCGACCAGGGGAGUUUGGUAGAAACUAUGUAUUAUGAUGCGUUUAAACAAAUGAAGUUGGAAGACAAGGCUUUGGUCCCCGCAACGUCCCCUUUGGUCGGCUUCAACUCACAGCCAGAAUGGCCAAUCGGAAAGAUUAUUUUUCCGGUCAAAGUGGGAUCGGUCGUAAAGCAAGUAGAGUUCUGGGGGCUUAAAGUUCCAUCAACUUACAACUUGAUCUUAGGCAGGGGUUGGCUGUACGCCAUGCAAGCAGUUGCUUCGACGUUCCACUAA